GUUUGUGCCCCCCGAGCCCCCAAAACCUGCGGGGAGAACGUUCAGCUCAGCGGCUUCUGCGCCGUCCUGGGCCCCGACCUGCGGCAGCUCCGAAACCUCCCCGACGCCCUCCCAGAGUGCCCCAAGCGCUCCCACGACAUCGUGUUCCUGGUGGACGGCUCGGGCAGCAUCGGCGCCCGCGACUUCGACACCAUGAAGGGUUUCAUCGCCGAGGUCAUGCGGCGCUUCCAGGGCACCGACACCCAGGUAACGCCCCGGAUGGGGCGGCCGCGGGGCCCGGGGGUCAACUGGGGGGGUUGA